AUGAAGACAUAUGUUCCUACUUUAUUCAUGCUUUCAUGGUUGCAGCUGGAUGGGGUGAGCCAAGGUGAGCAGGUGGAACAGCGUCCUUCCACCCUGAGAGUCCAGGAGGGAGCAAGAGCUGUCAUCAACUGCACAUAUGAAGACAACAUGUCAUCCUACUUCCCUUGGUAUAAGCAAGAACCUGGAAAGCAUCAUAAGCUCAUUAUUGACAUUCGAUCAAAUAUGGAAAGAAAGCAAGACCAAAGACUGAUCAUUUCACAUGAUAAGAAAGCCAAACAUGUUUCCCUGCACAUCACAGACACCCAGCUUGGAGACUCUGCCAUGUACUUCUGUGCUGCAAGGGUGAGUAGCCAGGAGAAGGUGCAGCAGAAUCCAGAAUUCCUCAGUGUCUCAGAGGGAGCCACGGCCUCUCUCAACUGCACUUCCAACGAUCGUAAUUAUAAUUACUUCUGGUGGUACAAACAGUAUCCCGGGAAAGGCCCCAUGUUUCUGAUGUCCAUAUUCUCCAAUGGUGAAAAGAAAGAAGGCAGAUUCACAGUUCAUCUCAAUCAAGAGAGCCUGCAUGUUUCCCUGCACAUCAGAGACUCCCAACUCAGUGACUCAGCUGUCUACCUCUGUGCAGUGAGCACACAGUGCUCCCCAGGCACCUGCAGCCUGCACCCAAACCUACAGGGCCCCAGCAAAGUCUGA